UCCCUCUGCCACAAACAUGUCAGUUUCGGGAUAAACCUCGACAAGAACCCACAUUUCUCAUGCAUUGUUCUGCCCAGCCAAACUCAUGGCUGUGGCAAUCACAGCAUGUUCCACAUUUGAACAGUACUGUUGCCACUCCCACAUCAACAAUUAUGAACAGAUUAACACGGAUGGGAAGAGAAAGAAGAAAAAAGCAUUGUCGCUGAAGCUGUUGCGUCAGACUAACUAUCAAACUUAUGUAAAUAUUACCAACAACAAAGGAUUUAGAGGAAAAAUAACAAAGCUUUGUAUCUUGAAGGAGGCUAUGGAGUUUUUGUAUCUAACGGAGCAACCUCAGUUGUGGGUUGACACCAACAUGUAUGCAUCUCUUUUGCAGGCCUGUAUUGAAUUAGAGGCCUUUACAGAAGGCUUUCUUAUCCACUCGCACAUGAUUAAAAUUAAUUUUAAACCUAAUAUGUAUUUGAACAAUAUUCUUCUUAGCAUGUAUGUUAAGUUUGGAAAACUGUUAGAUGGACGCCGAGUGUUUGAUAAAAUGCCGCAAAAAAACAGAGUAUCAUGGACUACGUUAAUUGCAGGAUAUGCACAGAAUGGGUUUGCUGAUGAGGCUCUGGAGCUCUUUUCUGAGAUGCAUUGCCAAGGUGUGAAGGCUAAUGCCGUUACGUUUGUCUGUGUAGUUAGUGUAAUGGCUGAGCUAGAGGCUGUGAAGCUGGGAAGGCAAGUUCAUGGUUGUAUAAUUAAGAGCGAGUGUUUGUUGAAUAUGUAUUUGGAGAGUGCACUCGUUUAUUUAUAUAGCAAUUGUGGGUAUUUGGAGGAUGCGUUACAGAUAUUUGACCAAAUGUCAGAACGAGAGGUUACUGCAUGGACCGUGAUGAUUGCAGGAUAUGCAAAGCAUGAGUAUGGAGAAGAGGCACUGAGAUUGUUUAAUGAAAUGAAAUGUGAGGGAAAUAAUCCUAAUGAGUAUACAGUAACCAGCACGCUUAAGGCUUGUGGAGAGCUCAAUGCUCUCAGAGAAGGGAAACAUAUUCAUGCUUUUAUAACGAAAAGAAAAAUCAGGCAGGAUGUUUAUGUGGAUAGUGCCCUUAUUGAUAUGUAUGUUAAAUGUGGUUGUGUGUCUGGUGCUCGUAAAGUGUUUGACAGAAUACCAAGCCAUAACAAUGUUUCAUGGACUUCAAUGAUUGCGGGGUACGCGCAGAAUGGAUUUGGUAAGGAUGCCAUAUCGCUUUUUAGACAAAUGCUAAGGUCAGGUACGAAGCCUAACAACUUUACUCUUGUUAGUGUUCUUAAGGCAUGUGUACUUCUUAAGACACUAAAACACGGGAAGCAGGUUCAUGCCCAGAUCAUAAAGAAUGAGUAUGAAAUGAACACUCUUUUGUUGAAUACUCUUGUUGGCUUAUAUGCCAAUUGUGGGAAUUUGAUUUAUGCAAGGAAGGUAUUUUUGCAGUUACCCAUACGGGAUGUUGUUUCAUGGACUACAAUCAUUGAAGGGCAUGUUAAGCAGGGACAUGGUGAGGAAGCUCUGACACUAUUUGCAAGAAUGUUAGGAGAAGGGAUGGAACCGAAUGAGUUUACCUUUACAAGCAUUCUUAGAGCAUGUGCUACCCUAGAGGCUCUGGAAGAGGGAAAACAGAUUCAUGGAUAUAUUAAUAAAGCUCAAUUUGAGUCUGAUGUCUAUGUGGGAAGCGCCCUUAUGGACGUUUAUAUAAAGUGUGGAAAUUUGGCAUCUGCACAUCACGUGUUUGAUAGAAUUUCUGAACCAAAUCAAUUCUCUUGGAAUGUGAUAAUUGAAGGAUAUCUAAGACAUGGGUACAGAAAAGAAGCCUUGAAACUAAUAUGCCAAAUGCAUAAGUCUGGCAUGACGUCAGAGGAUGAAAUCAUUGUCAGUGUUCUAAAUUCAUACGCUGGUAAUAUUGUUGGUUAGCCCUCGCGAUCAUGCAAGUGACUUUAGCUCAAUUUAUUCAGAAACGAGUUCCACAUAAUGUAUAUGUUGGUAUUUGAUUUUAAGAAAUGUCAAACCUAAGGUCUGGCAGAGAAAUUCCCUAUGCGAACUUGAUGCAAAAUAUGUUAAUAUGUUUCGAACCUUCCUUGCAAUAAAUUUAAAGGAGGAUUCAUCGACUUCCAUGAAACCAUACCUUAGGAAGCCUAUGGAGAUGAAACAAAUCAGAGAGCAAUGCACAUCAACAUUGCAGAUCUGUCUGUACAAGUAUGGGGAAAUCUAAGUUUGAUAUAGAAAGACAUGGAACAAACCUACUCUCUGGGCGUGGUCCAUUUUGCCUAAAAUUUAGAUUUGCCUGCAGCCUCCGUUGUUUUGAUUUGAUAUAGGCAAAGUCAUUAGGACUUGGCAUACGCCAAGCAGUCAGAAUUCUUGGUCUUA